AUGAAUAACUCAACAAACUCCUCUAACAGUGGCCUGGCUCUGACCAGUCCUUAUAAGACAUUUGAAGUGGUGUUUAUUGUCCUUGUGGCUGGAUCCCUCAGUUUGGUGACCAUCAUUGGGAACAUUCUGGUCAUGGUCUCCAUUAAAGUCAACCGCCACCUCCAGACCGUCAACAAUUACUUUUUGUUCAGCUUGGCCUGUGCUGACCUCAUCAUUGGUGUUUUCUCCAUGAACUUGUACACCCUCUACACUGUGAUUGGCUACUGGCCUUUGGGACCUGUGGUAUGUGACCUUUGGCUCGCCCUGGACUAUGUGGUCAGCAAUGCAUCAGUGAUGAAUCUGCUCAUUAUCAGCUUUGACAGGUACUUCUGUGUCACAAAACCGCUCACCUACCCAGUCAAGCGGACCACGAAAAUGGCAGGUAUGAUGAUUGCAGCUGCCUGGGUCCUCUCCUUUAUCCUCUGGGCCCCGGCCAUUCUCUUCUGGCAGUUCAUCGUAGGGGUGAGGACUGUGGAGGAUGGGGAAUGCUACAUUCAGUUUUUCUCCAACGCUGCUGUCACCUUCGGUACUGCCAUUGCAGCCUUCUAUUUGCCUGUGAUCAUCAUGACCGUGUUAUACUGGCACAUAUCCCGAGCCAGCAAGAGCAGGAUAAAGAAGGACAAGAAGGAGCCUGUGGCCAACCAAGACCCAGUUUCUCCCAGUCUGGUACAAGGCCGGAUAGUGAAGCCAAACAACAACAACAUGGCCGGCAGUGACGAUGGCCUGGAGCACAACAAAAUCCAGAAUGGCAAAGCCCCCAGGGAUGCGGUGACCGAAAACUGUGUCCAGGGAGAGGAGAAAGAGAGCUCCAACGAUUCCACCUCAGUCAGUGCCGUCGCCUCUAACAUGAGAGAUGAUGAAGUCACCCAGGAUGAGAACACAGUGUCCACUUCCCUGGGCCAUUCCAAAGAUGAGAACUCUAAGCAAACAUGCAUCAGAAUUGUCACCAAGACCCAAAAAGGUGACUCAUGUACCCCAACUAAUACCACCGUGGAGCUCGUUGGUUCUGCAGGUCAGAACGGAGAUGAAAAGCAGAGUAUUGUAGCUCGCAAGAUUGUGAAGAUGACGAAGCAGCCCGCCAAAAAGAAGCCUCCUCCCUCCCGGGAGAAGAAAGUGACCAGGACAAUCUUGGCUAUUCUGUUGGCUUUCAUCAUCACUUGGGCCCCAUACAAUGUCAUGGUGCUCAUUAACACCUUCUGUGCACCCUGCAUCCCCAACACAGUGUGGACAAUUGGUUAUUGGCUCUGCUACAUCAACAGCACGAUCAACCCCGCGUGCUAUGCACUUUGUAACGCCACCUUCAAGAAGACCUUUAAACAUCUUCUCAUGUGCCAUUAUAAGAACAUAGGCGCUACGAGGUAA